CACACGCACGUUUCUCCUCCUGACGCUGUCAGGAGGAGGAAGUGGGCGUGAGACAUUUUUAUUUUCUCCCUCGGAGCUUUCAUUUCAAAAAACAGACACACUUGUGACUGAGGAAGAAACGUCCUUCGCUACAUCUGAAUAACUUUAGCAGCUGCGUUGUUGACUUUUGCAUUUGUUCACACAUCCAGUCUGAUUCUGACUUAAAGUUUAAUAAGGAAGUUUUAAGGUUGUAAUUAAAAGUGUGAUCAUGGACCUGUCGAGCCUGUGUCGAACAGGCUUCACGUUGCUCCGGCAGAUAGAGCCGGUUAUCGUGCUCGAGCAGCUGGGCAGCACUCUCUUCGAAACCGCCCUGCAGAUGGUGGUCAAGGACCGGAGUGUUAACGCCACCUACCCGGAUGCCCACCUGUCCCGGGAGGGCAGCCAGCAGAAAGCCAUGACGGACUUCUACAUGGUCUACAACCUCAUCAUCCGGCUGGUUCCGAUCUGCCCUGCGCUGCUCCUGGCCAGGUUAGGCGACCGCGGCUGGAGGAGAGCCCCCAUCAUGGUGCCCCUGAGCGGGUACCUGCUGUCCCGGCUCGCCCUGCUCCUGGUGGUCGUCUUUCGGCUCCCGUUGGAGGUGAUGUUCGGCGCGGCGGUUGUCUUCGGGCUGUCCGGCGGCUUCUGCGCCUACUGGCCAGGCGUGAUGACCCUGGCCUCGCUCGGCUCCACUGCCACUGACCGGUCUAAGGUGAUGAUGAAAGUGGAGCUGCUGUAUGGGGCAGCAGGUCUGGUGGGCAGUCUGGUGUCGGGUCAUCUGUUCCUGCUGUACAGCUUCAGUUUGGAACAUGGGACCAUCCUGCUCACUGUGAGCGCACUGCUGCACCUGCUCUGCCUCAUACACUCCAUAUUCCUGCUGAAGGUGAAACAAGUACCCAACACAGAGCCAGAGGACAAUUGCCACCUCAUUCCUCCCGCCUCCAGUGAAGCACCUGCGGAGGCUCCUCUUGGGAAAAACAUGGUGAAUGUGGUUCUGCUGUUUGCAGCUGCUAUAUUGUACAACUCUGCAGUGGGUGGAGCCAUAGAAAUACUGGGCAGUUUUGUGCUGAAAGAGCCACUCAACUGGAGCGCCACUCAGGUGGGUUAUGGGAAUGCAGCAGGCUUCAUGAUUUUUCUCACCAGUUUUGUCGGCGUCAUGGUGUUUCGUCGCUGCGUCAGCGACGUUACGCUCAUCCUGAUUGGCAUGCUGUCGUUUGCCUCGGGAAUUUACUUCAUGUCCUUUGUGACGGCCACCUACAUGUUCUACCUCGCUCGCUCACUCAAUCUGUUUGCUCUCAUCCCGAUGCCCACCAUCAGAUCUCUGCUCUCACAGCAGGUUCCAGCAUCCAAAUGUGGCAUCACUCUCACCCUCCUGCAGUUUGCUCUGAAGAUUGGCGGUCUGGUGUACAUCCCUGCCUUUACUAAGAUCUAUCAGGGAACCCUGGGCUGGUUCCCAGGCUUCGUCUUCACGCUCUCCAGCAUCAUUACAGUACUGGGAAUGAUACCCAUCAGUAUCGUCGGCUGCAGAACAGCUCCGAGGCGACAGUAAAUGAGGAUUCAGGGUAACUGAGGGCAAAGACGUCAGCGCCAGCAGUGAGUUAGUGUUGGUACGAGGCAGACGGGAAGCGAGACUUGAAAUGGGCCAAAAGGAGAACGGUGCCUUUAAUCUCACUUCCUAUAACGGUAAACAUUUAGAGACUGCAGGAGAGGAGUUCUGGCAGGCUUUGGCAGGAGGAACAGACAGCAGGAUGGACAAAAAGUUUAGAACGAUUGGACUUUUGACAGACAUACAGGCAAACGUUAUCAACCAAUAGGAUUCAUCAGCCAGUGCCAUGUCUUCAACAACACACCCAACAUAAUGAUUGCUGAUUUCAACAUAAGGUUUUUUUUGUUUUUCAUUGAAUGUGUCAGACAGUGAAAAGUCCCUUUGUCUCAUUAUGUGUCAUAAAGAAGGAGAAUGAACUAAAAUGACAUUCAAACCAGUUUCCGGUUGCGAACCGGCUCAAACUGGAUCACAUUCAGAUGUAAACAUGAAACAUCUUUGAUACUACACUACACUCAUCCAGUUUGUUGAUUUACAUUCAGACUUGAUGCUUUUAGUUGGUAGAUUUCCAGUACAAGUCACACAUCAGUCAUUGGAAAACGAAUGACUAAACAUUCAGACAAACACAAACGUGGAGGUCAUUUGACUUGUUUUCUUCCACAUUAGAACUACUUUAAUAGAUUUAAAUUCAAAUAGAUGCACUUUAUAGUAUUUCAGAGUGCAACCAUAGUUACAUGCUGACUUGUAAACCUGUAGGUCAGAGAAAGUUACAAUGGUAUAUUUUUGGCAUUGGUGUUGUUGGUGCGGUGACAUUUUAAAUCACCUUUAUUUCAUUUUUUUCCUGAGUGUUUACAUGUUUACUCACUUGUGCAUUUUAUCAUAUGUGCUUUCUGUUCACUUGUCUUGUUGAUUUUUUACAGUUAUGUGUUUGGUCAGUUCAUUUUAAAUUGGUUGGAAAACACUGCUUGGAUUUUUGCUUGUGUGAUUUCAUUUAACAAAACAUUUUAGAAAUUUAGAUAUUUUUAAUAACUACAGUUACAUAUAAUUCAUAUCUACUGUAAUUAUGCAUUUGAGAUAAGGCUGCAAGUGUCAUUUUGCAUCCUGGUACUUAUGGUGGAUCUGAAGGGAAGACGAUGCAGACUGCAUUGUUAUUUUUGUGUUAUGCAUUCAUUUAUUAUUGCACUUUUAAUUGUUGACACUUUUCUUAAAAACGCACACACAAAAGAGUUUAAAUAAAGGUUACUACACCUAAGGUACAGUUUAUGUCGGUGUAAGGGUGGGAACAAAAUGUCAAAUAUUUGCAUUAAUGAACCAUGAGUCUGCAAGUUGGGUAAAAGUUUAGUUUUUGUAUUUUUUAAGGAAUAUUUACUUUGAUUUUGUCUAUAUGAAACCAACUUGAUACAAUGUAUUAUGCAAUUUACUUUUAUUAUGACAAUAAAGGACAUUUUACACAU